CAGACGUCAUCAAGCAGCCAGAAACACCAGCGCGAUUGAGCAGCCCAGCCGAACCAAUUCAUCCCCGCCAGUUCUCCGCCAGGACCUCCGGGGCGCCGCGAGAACAAUUGGCCGUAUCGUGGACAUGGCCGCAAGGUAGUCAGUCUUUCGCCGCUUGCUGUUUUCUUUCUGCUGGGCUUGAAAAACGACAGAAAAGGCCGAGACCUGUGUCUCAGACGCAGCGGGUUCAGUCAGUCCCCAUCGGCCGUCCUUCACCAUGGCGAGCCCAUCCGCAAACGAGGACACGCCGCUCUUGUCCGCCACCGCGCCGCCGUCUCCCGAAGCCACAAAAGAUGCAAGGCCUUCAAGACCCCCGCGCAAUGUCACCUUCAACCCGAACCCCGUCACCAAGACGAUCGAGCCCGAAGCGGCCUACCCGCAUGCGCGCGUGUCGCCCCAGCACCGCCGCGAGGCGCCCGCCACGCCGACCGAUGGGUUUUAUUAUGGCACCGGCGGGUUAGGCGGUGGGGCGCCCGUGCUGUCGGCCUUGAAUAGCAAGCUCCGCCGACGCAACAGCCACGGCGGCGGCGUUCCGGGCGGGAGCGCCGCCAGUGGCCUGCCGCUGGUUGCUCCGAAUGGGGGACCGCAGCCCAAGGUCGGCCCGCAACGCAGCACCAAAAACUCCCAGAAGCUCAAGCUGCUCCCGAAUCCCGAGCUGGAGGCCGACGUCGACGACGAGAGCGGCCGCGAUGUCUACUCGCAGUACACGCGCAUUAAGGAUCCCACUGCCCGCCGCGACGCCGCCCGUCUCGGCAAGGCGGACCGCGACAGACUACCGCGCGUCACGGCGUACUGCACCGCGAAUCGAUACCAGAUGGACGCACUAAUGCGCUUCCUAAAGGGGAGGGGGAGGACAAAAGGGGCGAACCCGAAGCGGAUCGACGAGUGCAUCUACACACCAUACAGCUACACCUUCAAGCACGAGGGGAGUGCGCGGCAGGAAAGACGCCUCGAAGUGCAUUCCAAUCCAGAAAGGCGGCAUUCGACGGGAGACUUGCAUGACAUCCCCAGCGAGAGCACCCAGUCAAGCCUAGGGGAUGGCCUACCUGAGAGCCAGGAGAGCGUCGAUGACAUGCUCGUCGAGCAAAUGGCCGAAGCAGACACGCUAGCCAGCGAGCUUGCCGACUUCGACAUUCACGUGCACACCCCCGAGGUGUUCCUGUUCGCCUACGGCGUCGUGGUAAUAUGGGGCAUGUCCGCCGCCGAAGAGCAGCGCUUCCUCAGGGAGUUGGCCAAGUUCGAGCUGGAAAAGCUGAAGCCCGAAGACGUCGAGGCGGAGAAAUUCAACUUCUACUACACGCACGAGUACCAGGCCCGCAUCUACAACGAUUUCAUCACCCUGCGCGACAAGAAUAACUACAUGACCAAGCUGGCCAUCUCGCACGCCCUGGCACAGAGCGUCAAGACCUCCCUCUUCGAAGAGAUCGUGGCUUCGACCAUCGACACGUGCAAGAACAUACCGACGCAGCUGGCGCUGACGGGCAAGAUCGCGCUGUCGCGCUCCGAGAUCAAUAUGCAGAUCGGCGAGCUCUUCAUCCUGCGCAUCAGCAUCCACCUCAACGGCUCCGUGCUCGACACCCCCGAGCUGUUCUGGGUCGAGCCCCAGCUCGAGCCCGUCUACCAGGCCGUGCGCAGCUACCUCGAGAUGGACCAGCGUGUCGGCUUGUUAACUGAUCGCCUCGACGUCAUCGCCGAUCUGCUGGCCGUGCUGAAGGAGCAGUUGAGCCAUGGCCACGGGGAGAAGCUGGAGUGGAUUGUCAUCAUCCUCAUCGCCGCCGAGAUCUUUGUGGCCUUGAUCAACAUCGUCGUCGACCUAUACGUCGGCGUCGAUUAACUACCGAACGAGAAACA